UCUCACAGCAGUCAUGGAGGGUUCGACGUCUCUGCCGCUGCAACAACUCAUCGCUUCUCUGGACAAAAGCUGUUUGCCGAAAAUUCUUCAGGUUUGCUCAGGCGUCUACUUCCAAGGCUCUGUAUAUGAGAUUUCAGGGAGUGAAGUUUGCUUCUCCACUGGUGAUCUGAUCAAGGUCACCGACCUAAAGCUGUUGUCCGUCUGCUGUGAAGACGUCAGUAACAACGAGAAGUUCGAGCUCCCCAUCAACCACAAAGGUUUGUUCAAAGUCGUGCCGGACGACAUGGCGUACAGGAGCGUGGAGGAGAUGGUGAAGAUGAGGCCUGUGAGUCUCUGUUCCUCGCUUCCUUUCACCUUCACCAGCCACACCAAGCUGAGCCUCGACAACCUGACCUUAGGAGCAGGCAGAGCUUUGACCAUGAUCUUCAUGGAGUCGCGGGAGGGUGAGGAGGAUCACCUCCGCUGCCACAUCCAAGGUGCCCACGAGGCUGCGGCCGAGGUGCGCCUCCCUCUGUCCACCCGCGGGGAGUUCUACGUGUGCGAGGGCCAGGAGUGUUUCACGCUGCAGGAGAUCAUGUCGUCUCCAGACCUGCGCAGUCAGAGGUUUCGUUUCAUCAACACCACCAUGUGCGAUCGCCCCCUGAUUCUCAGUCCCAUCUACGAGAUCCACGCCAUCAUGAACAUGAGGAAGGAGAUCUUGAAGUUUCCCUCCAGCCUUGAGAUGGACGUGAUUGACAUCACUGACAUGUCCAAGGAUUUGAACUUCGAAGUUCCCCUCAGUCUCAUGGACAUGUGGUCGCAACCGGAUGAUUGUUUCCCAGCGGUGGUGAAGAUUUUGGAUACUCCCGCUCAGUGCCCUUUGUUCAAGAGCGCUUGGUUCCCUUUACUGAAGAAAUCCCAGCAGAUGGUUUUCCACGAAAAGGGAGUGUCGCCGAUGGUUCUGAUGUCCAGCCAGAAGAGUCGGAGGACCAAGCAGUACUUCCUGGUUUUGCAGCACUAUGGCGGACGAUUUCGAGUACGGCCAAGGGAGUUCGAGUCGGUGUAUGCAGUCUACACCGUUUCCCUCCAAGUCACAGGUCUGAGAGUGAGCGUGACAAGUAACCACGAGGGGGAUGAGGAUGAAGGCCUGCCGGAUCUGAGCAUCGGGGACGAGCUGGAGGUCAUUGGCUGCAAAACAGUGAUGAAGACUUCAGGCCAAGAUCCAGCAGCGACGCAUCCAAUGGAGGUUCUGGUCUGUAAACGCCUUCAAAGAGACGAUCAUGAUGAAGACGAUGAUGAUGACGACGAAUCAAAGGAUCAGACUGAGGAAGUUCUCCUGCCGUUGUUCAUGCAGGCACAUUUUGUGGAGACCCAGAGAGACAAUAAGAAGUACAGCCUCAAAGAUUUGAGCAAGAAAUACAAAGUACCCAUCGACCUGAAAGUGGUGACUCGUGAUCCUAAACUGAAAGAAGAUCCACUGACAGUGGGCUCUUCCUUGAGAAUAGAAGGAGCAGUGCUGGAGAACACAAUCCAGGCCAGCUUCCUGGAGACACUGGAUUAUAAAUUUGAAAUACCAGUCCAGAGGAUUCCUCUGUACACAUCCUUCACCAAGCUCCCGCUCCCAACGCCAACUGACGGCCCGCUAGAGUGUCGCCUGGAAACGGUGACCGAGGUGACUGAAGCCUUCUUCUUUGAGCUCAACAGACUGAACAGCACAGACGCGCCGCCUCCACCGCGACCACCAAAGAGAGCAACUGAAAAGAGGCCGUCGACGAAGAAGAAGAAAUCGUCGCAGGUGAACAAGAGAAAAGAGUCACUGAGCCCUCCAACGCCUGAGAUCGAGGAUCUCACCAUAACACCCAAGGCAAUACCUCAGGCUCCAGAAAAAAUGCAGCCUCCAGUUCCUCGCAGGGCAUCAAAAGCGCAGAUUGAGAAAGCUCAGCCGAACAUGUAUGUGAGAAGAGUGGAUUCCAUGGUGAAACCAGUGCCACCAACUCCUGCGGAUGCUGAGGACAGCGACCACGAUUAUGAAACAGUGGAUGAAAUACACAAAGAGGACACAAAAAAGAAAAGCGUCAUAUUGCGCUAAGUUGUAGCCAGAAAUGGACAUUCCAGUUUAAAAACUAUAUAUAUAUAUAUAUAUAUAUAUUGCUGUCAUGUGAUGAAGAAAUGCAAAGCGUGCAAUGACAAAUGUGUCAUAACACAUUUGUGUUAUGACAUGUAUUAUUCCUUUCAUUUUUACAAAACAGAAACAGGAGUCAGAUGUGUUUUCGGUUUAUUACAGAGUCAAAGCUCACACUUUGUGAGUAAAAAGACUUGACGUCGUAGACGGAAACAGAAGUUGGUGAUGAUAUUGUUUGCACCAGAGUGGGAAAAUAAUAUAUUUUACGAGAAGUUCAACAAAGAUUUUAGUGCUUGUUGCAGAUGGAGACUCGGUUCUCAAUAAAGAAAUGCGGCUAAUCGUCGCU